UGGCGACGGACCAGGCUGUUGUUGUUCUCAACGUGGUCCGCCCCGUGCCCAUAUAAAGGGCUGCGGCGGCGCCCGCCCCGGCAGAGCGCACGCCGAGUGGAGCAGACGGAGUUGUGCUCGCCGGGGCCCUCCACGCCGCCGCUGCCGCCGCCCGCCCCCGCUCCGGCCGGCGGCUGUCCGCACCAUGUCGGCAGAGCUAGAAGAAACCGAUCUGCCUCUGGCCGAGGCAGAGGAGGCGCCGCUGUCCCCGGAGAAGAAAGCGGCUGCUAAGAAGGCGAAAGCAGGCGGUGGCGCCUCGUUGUCGCCAUCGAAGAAAAAGAAGAACAACAAGAAGAAGAACCAGCCUGGCAAAUAUAGCCAGCUAGUGGUGGAGACGAUCCGCAAGCUGGGCGAGCGCAAUGGCUCCUCGCUGGCCAAGAUCUAUAACGAGGCCAAGAAGGUGGCCUGGUUCGACCAGCAGAACGGCAGGACUUACUUGAAGUACUCAAUCAAGGCGCUGGUACAGAACGACACGCUGCUCCAGGUCAAGGGCACCGGUGCCAACGGCUCCUUCAAGCUCAACAGGAAGAAGCUGGAAGGCGGCGGCGAGGGGGGCGCGGGCAACAGCGCCCACAAGUCUUUCAAGAAGGCGACGGUCUCCUCGACCCGGCGGGCGGAGAAGCCGGCGGCCAAGAGCAAGAAGCCCGAGAAGAAAUCGCACAAGAAGGGAGCCGGCGGUGCGGCGGCGAAGAAGGACAAGGGCAAAGCCAAGAAGGCCACCAAGAAGGGAGCCGCUUCCCCCGGGGGCAAGAAGGUGAAGAAGUCGGCAAAGCCCAAGGCGCUCAAGAGCCGGAAGGCAUGAGAUUGAGGCGCAGGGAGCCUCCCGCCGCCCCCCGGACUGAAAGCCCCGCGGCACAGACUGCUCUGAGGACAGACCCCAGGGGACCCGCUUUGUCUUUGUGUUGCUGACUCGCCUCCGCAGCCACCGCCGUGCGCGGUGAGCGGGGCUGCGGCUGCCCCAGCCCCCCUUCCCCUUCUCUGCCGCCUUAUUUCUUCCACCCCUUCUCCCCCCAUCCCGCUCUGCGGCUUUUCUCCGAUCGCGCCCUUUUGUUUUCGGCCGUGCCCCUCCCCGCCUGUAGACGGUUCCUGGCGCCCACCCCCUCCGCGUCCCCCCGGUUCUUCGCAGGGAUUUUUCCCGCCCGGUUUCCAUAGCAGCCAUUUUGCACGGCCCCCCCCCGCGCCACGUGGGCCGGCCCCGCUCCCGCCGCCCGCGCG